AUGAAAUGCGUCAGUGAAAAGAAGUGUGCGCACUUUGGGUCCCCUAAAAAAGCUCUUGACGGCUACGGUUUGCAAAUUUCAGGAUUUAAACAGAAACAGAAACAGAAGAAUCUGACGAAGAGAAAGCUGAAACCAGAAAGCGAGGCUAACCCAUUCUCCGCUGCGGAAGAAAACGUAUAA